AUGGCGAAGCGAAUACUUUGUUCUCCUCGCCAAAUUGUAGGUUUAAAGUUUCGCAAAACUUCUUUUGACAUUCUCAACGAUUUACUCGUCAAUUUCAACAAAGCAAACAAAUACGAGCUGAAUAAUUUAGGAAAAGGCAGCGGAAGCUUCAAACAGAAAAAGCCAAUCGAAUACAUCUUCCUGAUUACUCAAGAGCUGGGGCUCGACCCGCUGGUUGGAUACCACGCAGUUGAACUGCUGCAAAGGUUCAUGGCCAAACACCUUUUGGAUUUGCUCGCCGUGCCACCCGAAGGCGCGACUGCUGUUGAGCCGACGAGUUAUGAGGAUGUGAUUUUUGACCAACUGAAAGACAAGUUUUCCCUCAUCAUCUUCGCCUGUGUGCAGCUGGCGAACAAGCAGUUUUUGUACAGUCAUAUGAUUGACAUCAAUGCUGCUGUACGCUUCCUGCAUUCGAUUGGUGUCAGCGCUUCCAAACAAACGGUCCUGGAAUUUGAGCUGAUGGUCUUUAAAGGCCUUGAAUUCAAUCUGACGGUCCUUAACCCUCUGACAUAUGUGGAAAUACUUCUGGAGGUGCUCGGUCACAACGAGCCGAGCGUCCCUAUAGAGCACCUGUACCAGCUGUGCCGCCACGUUCUCCAGUUCAUCACCCUGCAGAGGACCGCCAUCUAUGACAGCUUGUUAAGAAUCACCACUCAGUGCGCCAACCCGUCCAGGGAACAGAGAGAGAAGUUUGUGACGGUGACUGAAGACUGCAUGCUUCUUGGCGUUGGUGUCAUUGCCGUGGCAACGUUCAUCUUUCACUUUAAAAAGUGGAAACAGGUGGUCGGAGAACUGAGCCACAUCACAGCAAUCUCCAGGAGGAGCAUUACUGAUUUUGCUCGUGUGGCGUUAAUGCACAUCGUUGGCACCAGUUCCUCUGAAGUGUAA